UUCAAAUUUAUUAUUAUUUGCUUUUUCUGCGUGCCCUCAUCAUUUCAUUUGACAAUGAUGUUUCUGCAACCUGAGGCACCAUUUUCCCCCUCCCCCUCAUUUUGCGUUGCCGCUUUGACCAUAUCCAACUCCGUCUCCCCCAUGACCUGGAGGCAAAAGCGGCGAGGGACACGGACUCCCGCCUGAAGAGCAUGUGACAUCUUUGAAAGUUCUGGGCUGUUGUUAGUUUAACCACGGCUUACAUUCAAGCUUAUUAUUAUACAGUCAGGAUUCUCAAGACUUAGUCUUGUCCUGGGGGGUUGAGUAUUCCUUGGAUAUCUCUAUAUCCAUAAUGUUUGUCGCUCAAUAAUAUUUGCUUGUUCAUUCAUCUCUUCGCAUAUAAAUUGAACCUAUUAAUUGCUGCUUCAAUACUCCCAUCUUGUUAUCAGUCGACCUUAUCUUAUUGUGGUCCUCAAACGGAGAACCGGAGAACACCUAAGGAAGUGGAAAGCGAGAGAAGGAGAAAAAAAAAAUUCCAGAAUUAGAUAAAAAUAUAAAACAAUCUCUGUUGGCGCUUUUUUCUCAUCAACAUGACUGACACGCCCUUGGCAUCUCUGUCUUUGACGCAUGUCCAUUAUAAUCCGGACGACCCGCUCUCAUUUUUGUCGGCCUGGCUUGCCCUAGUCCCCCAGGCAUUAUGCGUGACCUAUGUCACUCUUGUUUGGGCGACAAGGGAGGUGGAGGUGCUAUUGAUGUUCGCAGGCCAGAUGGGUUGUGAAGCAUUGAACUUUGUGUUAAAGCGAAUCAUUCAAGAGGAAAGGCCGAAACAAAUGCUUGGUAAAGGCUACGGCAUGCCAUCAUCCCAUGCACAAUUUGUCGCCUACUUCGCCGUUUAUCUGGGGCUGUUCCUUAUCUUUCGGCAUAAUCCCACGCACGCCGAGUCAUCAUUCCAUAUUCUCAUACGGAUAGUACUUGCCAUGGGCGUGAGUGUUGGCGCCAGUGCCGUGGCCAUCAGUCGUAUAUAUCUGAACUACCAUACACCCAAACAGGUUUUGGCAGGCUGUGGUGCUGGUAUUGGGUGUGCCGUUGCUUGGUUCCUUAUCACGGCAUUCCUCCGGACACAUGGCUGGAUUGACUGGGUACUCGAUUUGACCAUAUCGAUGCAGUUGAGACUACGGGAUCUGGUGGUAAGUGAAGAUCUAGCCGAGGCCGGAUGGCAAAAAUGGGAAGCAAAGCGGAAGUUGAAGCGUCGUGGACAUAUUAGUAGUGAUCACCGGUCUCCGAAAACAGAUUGAACCGUAUAGGUACUUGAGCUACGUAUACUUCGUUCCUUAGAUUUUGAAACAGGGAUUACAACGUGUUGAGCGCAAUGCCCUUGGAUCUACUUUAGCAUUCUCGCUAAUAUAUAUACACCAUA